UGGCAAGGACCUUGAUUGCAUUAUAAAAUGAUAGUUAGACUGCACGCUCUUACGAGAAACCUUUAUAGAAAUUUCGCAACCUCCAGUAUAUCGUUAAAUAAAGAUAAGAAAUAUGAAUACUAUGAUUUGGUUCGGUCUACACCUAAAAAACCGCAAGCUCCAAUAGAAGCUCUGUUAAUGUCGAAAAAGGAUUACAAUGAUUUGAAAAAACAAACCUCAGUCACGUUUGAAGGUAAUUAUAAUAUAGAUGAAAAUUUAACUCCGGAACAAAGAAUUGAAAGAGUCUUUGGGGGAAGAAUUAAAGGUGAAUCACCUAGAUCUUCAAGUAGAAUGAUGCGAGGUGAACCUAGAGUGAUAAAAGGUGUGACUGUACCGGAUAGGCCGAUAGAGCCAGACAACUGUUGCAUGAGUGGAUGUAUAAAUUGUGUUUGGGAAUUAUUUAAUGAAGAUGUUAAAGAUUGGAAUAAAAAACGUAGAGAGGCUGCUAAGAAAAUGGCUCAAACUGGCGGAGUAUGGCCAGAAGAUUUUCAUCCACCAAUACGUCAUUUGAAAAGAGAAAACCUACCUGAUUCGGUGGCCAAAGAAUAUUUCAAUAAACCAAAGAAAGAAAGUCCAACUAGUGUAAAGAAAGAAGAAGAAGAGGAAAGUUGGGGUAACGUACCAGUUACUAUUAGAGUAUUUGCAGAAAUGGAAAAGAAAAUGAAAGAGAAGAAGAAAACUAAAGCUACAUCAUAAUUUGCAUAAAGGAUCACUCCUUCUCUAGAUAAUGAC